CACCUCAUCAGGUCUACUCCGUCCUUCACGUGCUUUAACGUUUUACUUUUCCCUUCACUUUCUGUAUCUUACACCUAUUCGUGUUUAAGUAAUAACAAACCUUCAAUUUAAAAGCAUAACUAUGAAGUUCGUAAUAAUCCAACCAGCACUUAGAGCUUCUUUAUUAGGUGCACACCAUCGAUGAAUAACACAGCUGAUAGUACAUUCAGUUGAAUUUUGAAUAUAGUGUUUCAAAUAACUUUUAAGUUAUGAAGUCUAAGCAAUGGGUACAACUUUUCUUUCUUUAUCUGUUGUUAUUGUUUAGCCUCAGGUCAAUCAUUUUAGCGAUAUCUAAGGAUGUCUUUUUCUCUACCGCGGUCAUACGACAGGAACCAUUAAGAUAAUAAAAGGAUGAUGAGGCUGUUGUUUCUAGCAGAUAGAGUGACCACAUAGAGGCUCCCACGUUGUCUCGUUUAAAUGCUGGUUUUUUACUGAAGGAAUAGUAUGAGUGAAAUAAAAGAAAAAUAGGGAGAAGGAAAGAAAGAGGAAAAUGUCAGAUGAAGAAGAAGACAGGAAGAAGCAAAACUUGAGGAGAUAAGAAGGGAUGCAAAGAGUAGAGAGAGAAAGAGAAAUAAAGGGAAGAGGUGAAGAGAAAAAGUGGGGAACAUUUGAAAUGUGAAGACAGAGAGGAAGAGAGUAAAGAGAAAGUGGACGAAAACAUUAAAAAUAUGAAGGGGAGGAGAACAAAAGAGAAAAGGUCAUAAAGAGAGGAAGAAAGAAAUAAGAAUAGAGAAAUCAAGAUGCAAAGAAGAGGAGAAGAAGACAUGAAAAAAGAAGUCGAGGGGGAAAGACAGAGUGGAUCUGUGCACCAGAUUUGACUGUUGAAACUGGGAGAAUGUUUAAGUAUGGCCAAUUUGAAAACGAAGACGUUUCAGUCAGUGUGUCAAGUGAAGAUCAAACAGCAACAUUGUCCAUUGAUAUUCAAGACACACAGAUCUCCACUUCCUCUCGGCUUCAGGUCGGAUUCAAAAAUGGUAAAGAUGAACUGAAUAUUAAAUCGACUUCGCAACCUUUGAGUACCUCACCAACAAAGUUCAUGCCUGAUCCUGCUGGGUAUAAAGCAAGCACUCCAAAAACAACUUUAGAAGCCAUGCAGUUGAGGGUACAGCGAGUCGUCCAGCACAUUGUAUUUCGCAUCUUCACACUGAUAUUGAUCCUCACUGAUUUUAUACUUGUCAUCGUUGACUUGUCCAUAUACGAAUGUGAUACAAAUAAUGGGCUGGAAAUAACAUCACAUGUCAUCAUUACAUAUUUCAUGCUUGAAGUUGGUGCACGGAUAUUCUAUAAAGGGCGAAGAUUUUUCUAUAACUGGAUAGAUAUUGUGGACAUGGUGGUGGUCGUCGCAUCCUUCUUCACUGAUAUGAUAUUUGCCGGUAUUUAUGGAAUAGACUCCUGUGGAAAAAUUAUAAAGAAAGACCGUCACAGUUACGUCAAACUUCUUGUUGCUGGACGUAUUGUGAGAAUUAGCCGUAUUUUGAGGAUUCUUUACUUCAUGUAUAUUCAGCAUCGAUAUUUGACUUCUGCCUCUCGUAAAAUAGUCUCACAAAACAAACGCCGUUACCAGAGAGAUGGUUUUGAUUUGGAUCUCUGUUACAUCACAGAGCGAGUUAUUGCCAUGUCAUUUCCUUCCACUGGUUUAAUGGCAUUCUAUCGAAACCCUAUACAUGAAGUGGUCAGGUUUUUUGAAACAAAACAUAAAGACCAUUACAAGAUCUACAACUUGUGUAGUGAACGUGAUUAUGAUGAAAGUCUCUUCCAUAACAGAGUUGAACGAAUAUGCAUCGAUGACCACAAUGUGCCAUCACUGAAGAAAAUGGUCGAUUUUUGUUCUGAUGUACGAGAAUGGAUGGCAGCAGACAAGAAUAAUAUCAUUGCUGUUCACUGUAAAGGUGGUAAAGGACGUACAGGAACAAUCAUUUGUGUGUGGCUUAUAGACUGCGGACUGUUUAAUGAAGCAAAGGAUGUUCUGGAAUAUUUUGGAGACAGACGCACAGAUUUUAGUGUUGGUAAAAUGUUUCAAGGUGUACAAACUCCAAGUCAGAGCCGGUAUGUCGGUUACUUUGAAAAAAUGAAGCAAGAUUACAAUGGAAAAUUGCCUGAGAAAAAAGAAUUGAAUCUGAUCUCAAUAAAAAUCACCGCAAUUAAAGGUGUUGGCAAUGGUGACGGUAGUGACCUCAGUAUAGAGAUACGUACCGCUGAAAACCUCAUCUAUGAGUGCCACUUAGGUGCAAGUAUUAACUGUCAGGUGAUUAAAUACACAGACAGUGACAGUAUCAUGAUCAACCUGCACCAAUGUCCAGUUCUGGUCGAUGAUAUAAAAGUUAAAUUCAAUUCUACAAAUAAAAAACUUCCAAAGGGAUAUGAUUAUUGUCCGUUUUAUUUCUGGUUUCACACAUCAUUCAUUGAAGAUCACAGUUUAUAUUUGUCUCGAGAUGAAAUUGAUAAUCCACACAAACCAAAAUUAUGGAAUAUUUACAGAGAGAAUUUCGCCAUUAUAGCUUCAUUUGAAGACGUUAAGGGUUGAGUUGAACAAACAUUCCAGAUGAAACCGAAGUUGUUAAAUGAACAAACAAACAACCAUAAAACAAAACCAAGACCAUCCUGUUUUUGCCAUUCACUGAAGAAUGUAUCUGCUGUCAUGUUAUGUCUCUGAACGUCCCCCUAACAACAACCUCGUCUAAGCCUCAUUUAUGAGUCAUUUAGUGAAAAUGCCUUGCUAUCAUGGAACGGUGAAGGGUUAUGUCCAAUCAAAUUUAUUCCCUCCUACCACAACAUAUUUUUAUCAUGAAACAUUUAUCAAGAACUAUUACACCAAUGAAAUAUUGAAAUUUUGAUCACCCUUGGUUAAUCAUUUCUCUUUCUUCAUAAAGACUGUGUCAAAGUCGGCAGGUGGCGGAGACUCUGUAAAAUAACACAACACCAUUUAAAUUAAACUUAGUAUACAUAGAACUUCUUACUUGAUGUGGUGGUGAUAUUACGACAAUCAUAACAUGCUCUCCUGUUUCCUAGAAAAUCUUUUACCCAAUUCAUUUCAAACUUGUAUGAAAUUUGAAAAUCAUUUCAGUUAUAACAAAUUUCAGCCCUGUUUAAACAGAUGUCAUUGUGUGGAAACAGCAAAAUCCAAAACCUUGAAACAUUUAAUAGUCUGCCUAAUUUAGUUAUUUAGAGAAAGAUUUUAAAACCUGUUAAUUUUGGUACAUUGUAUUAUGAAAAUGCUCCAACUCUGCCUUCCUCUAAGUUGAACAACUCAAAUUAUAUAUCGUUAGGUAUAUAAUUAACAUUCCUAGCCUUUCAAUUUGCUCGUAUUCAGGGAAACCUAAAGGCCAAUGGUUCACAACCAUUUUUUGUCUAUGGA